UUGUGUACAUGUGUAACGUUUUGUUAACAACAAUAAUAGAAAUUAAAUUUUAAUCCAAUGGAGGACAGCGAACGCAAAAAUUUAAAAUCACUCACGAAAGUGCACCCAAAAGAGAAAGCCAACUUUUUCUCUUCUCUAUUCUUUUGUUGGGCAUUACCAACCUUCAUCAAAGGCUUGAAAAAAGACCUCGACGAGGAUGACCUCUUCGGCCCGCUCAAAUCACACGAAUCCAAAACCUUAGCCGACAAAAUGGGCCUUGUUUGGCAAAAGGAAAAAAACAAGCACAAAACCCCCUCAUUGCGAAAAGUCAUAAUCAAGGUGUUUUAUCGCGAAAUUCUCUUCUACGCUUGUUUCCUCAUAAUACAAGAACUGGUCAUCAAGAUGGCACAACCUCUACUAGUUGGAAAAGUUCUCGAAUAUUAUGCCCCCGAUCAAGAACACAUAACGAAAAAUUGGGCUUAUUUGUACGCCUCUGCGCUGAUAUUUCUCCUUUUUUCCAACAUUUUCAUUCAACAUUCGUGUUUUUUGGGCUUGCAACACCUCGCCAUGAAAAUGCAAGUCGCCUGUCGAUCACUAAUUUAUCGCAAAGCUUUGACACUAAAUAAAAACGCCUUAAUGAAAAGUACAGUUGGGCAGAUGGUUAAUUUAAUGUCAAGUGACGUCAACAGUUUCGGUUAUAUUUGCCUACACAUGCAUCAAAUGUUUCUAGCACCGAUUCAAACAAUGAUCGUUUUGUAUCUUCUUUUUUCCACUGUGAACACAGCUGCGAUGGUUGGGGUUGGACUCGUGAUGUUUUUUAUCCCCAUUCAAGUUUACAUGGGUAAAUUAACGGCGUUUUAUCGUCGCAGAACGGCCCAAAAAACCGAUAACCGAAUCCGGUUAAUGAACGAGAUCAUUUCUGGCAUAAAAAUAAUAAAAAUGUUCAGUUGGGAGAAACCGUUUUCAAAACUGGUUGAAAUGGCUCGAAGAUUGGAGCUACACGAAAUUAAAGCUAACUCUUAUCUUCGUGCGAUUUACCGCUCUGUAAAUGCGUGUCUGAUCCCCUUGUCGAUAUUUCUCUGUGUUUUGACCUAUGUUUUGAGUGGUAACACACUCCAAGCACAGUUUGUAUUCGUUGUAACUUCAUUCUAUGGAACGUUACGCCAGACUUUAACUUUGCAUUUUCCCCGUUGCAUUGCUUUGUUGGCUGAAAUCAACGUUUCGCUUGGCCGAAUCCAAAACUUUCUCCUUGCUGAAGAAACCCAAAAAACCAAAAAUGGAUUUAGCCCAGAUUCGAUUAUUUUAACUGAAGCUUGUGUCAAAUGGAACGAGGAGAAUAGUUUAACUAAAGUAUCAUUUUCCGUGUCUUGUGGCCAAUUAGUGGGCUUAAUUGGGCGUGUGGGGAGUGGGAAAACCACAAUUUUGCAAACGAUUCUUCACGAAGUCGAGUUGUCUCAAGGAGGGGUGGAAAUAAACGGUUCAAUUUCGUACGCGGCACAAGAACCGUGGAUUUUUUCGUCGAGUAUCAGACAGAAUAUACUAUUUGGUGAAAAAAUGAAUCUUGACAAGUACAAGGAAGUGGUCAAGGUUUGCGCUUUGGAACAAGACUUUCAGUUGUUUCCAUACGGUGAUAGGACUAUUGUAGGUGAAAGAGGCGUGAUGUUAAGUGGGGGCCAAAAAGCUCGAGUAAGUCUUGCAAGAGCUAUCUACAAAGAUGCUGAUAUCUAUUUACUAGAUGAUCCUCUAUCGGCUGUUGACACACAUGUGGGGAAACAACUCUUCGAUCAGUGUAUUUUGGGCUUUUUGAAAGACAAAACCCGGGUUUUGGUAACACACCAAAUCCAGUUUCUUGGUCAAGUUGACAAGAUUUAUCUACUUGAUAAAGGACAAGUCACUCUAAAUGGCACCUACAACGAGCUUAAAAAGCACAGUGACUUUGCUAAAUUGCUCGACGAAGUCGAGCAAACUCCACACGAGAGCAAUUCCGUCCAAGAAAAUGACUCAAUUGCAGUUUCAGAACCCUCCAAGUUACCCUCGGAGGUCAAAGAGGAGCGCAGUUUAGGCACAAUUUCGAAAAAAGUUUACUUGCAUUAUUUUCUUGCGGGAGAUAAUCAUUUUUUCCCAAUUUUUCUCCUCUUGACGUUUGUUAUAACACAAGUUGCGUCAAGUUGUGUUGAUUAUUUUCUUACUUUUUGGGUAAAUCUUGAGCAAAAACGGCUCGAAUUGAACGAAACAAACACUCAAUUUACAACCAAUAGUCUUCUAUACUCGUAUGUGCUUCUAAUUCUUUCACUCACGUUCAUGGUUUUAGUGAAUUCGGUGUGUUUUGUUAAAUUCUCGAUGAAAACGUGCCAAAAGCUGCAUGAGAAAAUGUUUGGCAGAAUAGUGAUUGCCACUAUGAGAUUUUUCAACACGAAUCCUUCGGGACGUGUCCUGAAUCGAUUUUCAAGAGACACGAGUCUUGUCGAUGAAAAUGUGCCCUCAUGUCUUUCAGACACCAUUCAUGUUGCUUUAAACGUCGUUGCGAUAACUAUUGUGAUAUCAUCCGUAAAUAUAUGGAUUAUAAUACCAACAAUUUUUAUUUUUGGAUUGUUCUAUGGUUACAAAACCGUUUUUUUGGCCACUAGUCGAAACUUGAAACGAAUCGAAGGGACUGCCCGAAGUCCUAUGUUCUCACACUUGACGGCUUCGCUGCAAGGCCUUUCAACAAUUCGAGCUUUUGAUGCUGAAGAAGUGUUGGAAGAAGAGUUCGAUAACAUACAAAACCACCACAGCUCGGCUCUAUACAUGUAUAUUGCUUGUAGUCGAACAUUUGCUUUUUGGUUGGAUGUAAACUGCGUUAUUUACGUUGGAAUUGUAAUUCUAAGUUUCCUAUUUAUCGGAACAGAAAAAUACGGAGGAAAUGUUGGUUUAGCCAUCACGCAAUCGAUCGCUUUGACUGGAAUGUUGCAAAGGGGGAUCCGGCAAUGGAGCGACUUGCAAAACCAAAUGACUUCAGUUGAGCGCAUUUUUGAGUACACUCAAGUGCCCCCAGAGCCAGAUCAAGGCAAGAAAAUCCCACCCAAAGACUGGCCCUCGGCGGGAAACAUCGAUUUUGACGACGUCUCAAUGAAAUACUCCCCAGAUGGGCCCUUGGUUCUCAAAAACUUGAAAUGUAGAAUCGCUUCAAGGGAAAAAAUCGGUGUUGUUGGCAGGACUGGUGCCGGGAAAUCGUCCCUAAUCUCGGCUUUGUUCCGUCUCGCCUCCAUUGAAGGGAAAAUCACCAUUGAUGGGGUGGAUACGAGUGAAAUUCCCCUAAGUUACUUGCGGUCAGCGAUUUCGAUAAUCCCUCAAGAAGCUGUGUUAUUUUCUGGAACGUUACGAAAAAAUCUCGACCCGUUUGAGAAAUUCAGCGAUGAGGAGUUGUGGAAUGCUUUGGCUGAAGUUGAGCUGAAAUCUACGAUUUCUGAGCUAGUUGGCGGGCUUUCAAGUGCCGUUUCAGAAGAAGGAUCGAAUUUCAGUGUGGGUGAAAAACAACUCUUGUGUUUGGCGAGAGCUUUACUUCACAGAAACAGAGUUUUGAUUCUUGAUGAAGCCACAGCGAAUGUUGAUUUGCAAACCGAUGAGUUGAUUCAGAAAACGAUAAGAAAAAAGUUUCAGAAUUGUACGGUUUUGACGAUUGCCCAUCGGUUAUUUACUGUUAUUGAUUCGGAUAAAAUUCUGGUUUUGGAUAAUGGGAGGAUUGUGGUGUUGGAUCAUCCCUAUUUACUGUUGCAAAAUACUGAAGGGAUUUUUUACAAUCUAGUCACACAGACGGGGAGGGCUAUGGCGGAAAAUUUGACCAAAAUUGCCCAUGAGAACUAUAGGAAAUUUCUUAAAGAAAAAGUCAUCUAGCUAAAGAUAAAUGCAUUGUGUGUUUUUUAUCAAAAGAUUUAGGUAAACAUGAUGUAGCACAUAUUUUAUUUGAAAAAUGAAGUACUUGCGUAGGUACCGUAAUUGUCUAUGUUAUCAUAACAAUUGCACAAUCUUAAAUAAAGUGUUAAAAUAAUUAUUGUUAACAAAACAACUAUCCUUGAAUAAAAUUAAAAACGAUUCAACAAUG